AUGUCCUUCUUCAAUCCCCCAACCGCUUAUGCGGAGGAAGUCUGUACUGGGUACAAUGCGCGCAUGCAUUCGAAACUUGCUGAACGAGAGGGAUUCCAUCUUGGUAACGGUUCCGAUGAACCCCGUACUUUAUACGUCGGAAAUCUCGACCCAUCUGUAAGUGAGGAUUUCAUCGCUACGUUAUUCAAUCAAAUAGGAUCUGUUACAAAGACCAAGGUCAUACACGACGGAGCUAACGAUCCAUAUGCUUUCGUUGAAUUCUCGGAUCACGGCCAAGCUUCUCAAGCUCUGCAAACAAUGAACAAAAGGCUACUUCACGAUAGAGAAAUGAAAGUCAAUUGGGCUGUGGAACCAGGGCAACAACCGUCCAAAAUCGAUACUACUAGACAUUUCCAUGUGUUCGUUGGAGAUCUCUCAUCGGAAGUCGACAAUCAGAAGCUUCGUGAGGCAUUCAUACCUUUUGGAGAUGUUUCGGACGCGAAAGUCAUUCGUGAUACCAACACCACAAAGUCGAAAGGAUAUGGAUUCGUUUCCUAUCCUAAAAGAGAAGAGGCUGAACGCGCUAUUGAACAAAUGAACGGACAAUGGCUUGGAAGAAGAACAAUUCGGACAAACUGGGCCACCAGGAAGCCGGGAGAUCAAGAAAAGCCGAGUAAUUACAACGAGAAGUCUUACGACGAAGUUUAUAAUCAAACUUCUGGAGACAACACCUCCGUCUACGUCGGAAACAUUGCCAAUCUCACAGAAGACGAAAUACGCCAAGCGUUCGCAAGUUAUGGCAGAAUUUCUGAAGUUCGCAUCUUUAAGAUGCAAGGUUAUGCUUUCGUAAAGUUUGAAAACAAGAAUGCCGCCGCUAAGGCCAUCACUGAGAUGAACAAUCAAGAUGUUGGAGGUCAGAUGGUGCGCUGCAGUUGGGGAAAAACUGGUGAUGCCGCCAAAUCUGCUGGGGGAUCUUAUGGUUACGGAUACGGAGGACCAUCAUCCGGUGGAAACUCUCAACAUUAUCAAGGAUACGGUGCAGGUGGUUACGGUGGUGGUCACGGAGGAGCUCAUGGUGGUCCAUCUCAACAGCAGUCAAAUGCUAAUAACCAAUAUUGGCAAUAUUAUGCUCAAUAUUAUAACAACCCACAGCUUAUGCAGCAGUGGUCGAACUACUGGCAGCAGCAAGGAGGUGCUCCUCAACAACAGCAAAAUGCCGGAGGUCAUCAAUAA